UUACAAAUGGCGAACGCCAUGGAGGAUGGUGAUGGUCUUGUUCCUGAAGAAAUCAAAGUUCCUAGUCAAGUGUUUGAUGUUGCUUUUCAUCCCCAAAGAAACGUGAUUGCAGUUGCCCAAAUUGAUGGACCUAUCACUAUACAUUCAUUCUCUACUCAGGAACAAAACAAGAUGUUGAUGGAACUAACUCACCAUAAAAAGGCCUGCAGAGCUGUGAGUUUUACAGAAGAUGGCAAGUAUUUGCUGUCAGUCUCAAAGGACAAGUCACUUCAAGCUGUUGAUAUGAACACUGGUUCUGUUGCUCUGACAAGAAAAAAAGCACAUGAAUCACCCAUCAAUUGUGUGAAGGUUAUUUCAGAAUAUUUAGUGGCAACUGGAGAUGAUAAUGGUGGAGUAAAGGUAUGGUACUGUGUUAAAUUUGGUGAUGGAUCAUUAUCAGUAUUUAAUGUGAGAAGGUUAAAGCUUGAAGAUAAAUCUGAUAAUAUGGAAACAGAACUUUUGUCUGUGACACUGGUUAAGGGUGGUCGUAAAGUUAUAUGUGGUACUGGUGAAGGGGCUUUAAACAUCUUUACCUGGGGAGAGUGGGGCGAUAUCAGCGAUCGAUUCCCGGGACACCCACAGUCAGUAGACGCUUGUGUUGCAAUUAGUGACAAUGUUGUGUGUACUGGAUCUAUGGACGGAAUCAUAAGAGCUAUUCACAUCCUUCCAAAUCGUCUUAUUGGCCCUGUGGGAGAACAUUCAGAUUUCCCAAUUGAAAGAAUACGGCUUUCACCUGAUGAAAACCUUUUAGCUAGCUGCUCACAUGACCAAACCGUCAAGUUUUGGGAUAUUGAACAUUUGCGAGAUACAACUAUUUCUCCAGGGUCAAAGAAGAGCGAAACCGUGAAAAGUGGGACAUCUUCAAACUUUUUCGCCGAUUUAUGAGUAUGUAUGUAGCACUUUACUACGUUCGUAGUCCAGCGUUGAAUACGUCACCAGCAGCCUUUACGAAGCCCAUAACCCCUGCCAAAAGAGCUUCUGGAGCUUGACACGCCGACAACGUUUUACUCAAUUUCCUGUUUUUCGUAUUGUCUAUUCAAACCCCCGAGUCAAUGUUGCCAGUCCAAUGGCAACCUUGUUCUCUGUAUCUAGUUACAAAAUGGAGGACGCUACGGUGAAGGCCCUGGAAAAGACUUUUAAGUCUUUUAGUUAAAACUAAUGCGCUUUGCAAUUGGCUAAUAAAGACGAAAUUCUCAGAUAAACCGCUUGCCAUUUYCUGUUUAUUUUUAAGCUAUGUUCGGGUAUCUCUCGUGGYUUGUUCGACCAGAUUCGUACAACUGUUAUUUGAUUCACCCUGUUUGCGUUCGGUUCAAAUACGAAGAGUUUGAGGCAAUAAUACUGUAUUUGAUCACUUGAYAAUCAGUCUUUUCCAGUGUCUACAGAGAGGGCACUGGGUACGAGUUCGUCAAAAACAAUAGURUUCUUCACGGCACCCUGCGCCAUCUUGAAAUGUAACCAUAUUUUUGCAUCGAAGCGAAACCAUGGGAGAGCUUAYAAUGUUAGAUAGCUGUGAAUAUCUAGAAUAUGAACAAAGGUUUCUAUYAUAGCACUCUCAUCAGUCGUCUCACUUCGAUGCACAGGCACGGUUAUAUAGCCAUUUCAAAAAAAGGUUGUCGGAUAAAAUGGAGAAUGUCAAUGGUCGAAUGGCGAUUGCACGACGGAAAGUGGACAUGGGUUUUGAUAGUUAUAGGCAAUAACAACUGAUUUAUUCUGUAAGAUGGUCUGUGGUAAACAUUGKCUCCAUUUAGUCUCCAUUUCUAUGUAAGGUGAAUCCAAUAAGUGAAAUUUUGUUUAUCAAAACAGUGUAACCAUAAUUCCUUUCGGCCGUGCAAUCUCCAUUCGACAAUCACCGUUCUCCCCGGCAACGUUUUUUGAAAUAGCUGUAUUUCACGAUUGGCCAGGGAACAAUGAAGGACGAAGAUAGGAGCAAACUUUCAUGGUGUCUGGUGGAGAUUUCAGCUCGUGUCUAGAGCACAAUGUAUAAUAUGUGACUAUACUGAUUUCUACUAAAUAUUGCUAGCAAUUGUUCAUUAAACAAAGUCUAAAAACUAAGAAAUUAUUAUGUAUA